AUGGAAAGGAAAAAACGUCUUACAGCUUCCAUUUUCGGAAAAGUUUGCAAUAUGCGUGAUAAAACUUCACGUGCUAAAACUGUGGAAAAUAUUUUAUUUGGCACAUUCACUGGAAAUGCCGCCACUAGGUAUGGAAUUUCCAAUGAAAUAAUCGCUAAAGAACAAUUAGAAGAUCUUCUAAAGCAAAAAAUACAACCUGCUGGUUUAAUUGUUGACAACAAUAUGCCAUUUAUAGCAGCUUCCCCUGACGGAAUACUAGAUGAUGAAUCGUUAGUUGAAAUUAAGUGUCCAGCUAGUGCUAAAGAACUUGCACCAGGAGAUGCUAUACAGAACAACAAAAUUAAAUGUUGCUCAAUUAAGGAUGGGAAAUUGUACUUAAAACGCAACGAUAAUUAUUAUUAUCAAGUUCAGGGUCAACUGUACAUCAGUCAAAAGACUUAUUGCUAUUUUUGUGUAUGGACCCCAAAAGGUUUGAUGUAUGAAAAAAUAAAAAAGACGACGAUUUUUGAAAAAAUAAUAAGGAAAGUAAAAUUAAAACGUUUUAUUUAG